AUGAAACCCUCAGUUCGACUACUCACCCCUUCUGCCCGCCCGGUGAAUUAUCCAGGCCACACCCCACUAUCAUUCUCCCAAAAUGCCCUCUUAGCAGUCGGAUCAGGCCUGAUGGGCGUCUGGACCUCUCGAGGUGAUCUCGUAGCUUCCCUAUCCGAAUCGACCGCAUCGACCUUCUUACCGUCUUUACAUCAUAGGAUGACAUUACAUCCUGAAGGUAGACAGAUAUUGAAAGAUCGACCGACCAUAUCUUCCGACACGUUAGUAGGCUUGAGGGACUUGAAAAGAGGUACGUUGGGCAGAGAGUAUUGGGAAUGGUUGGAUGAUGGGAAAUUAGAUCCUGAUGCGAGAGCACCUGUCCAAUAUAUCGAUUCACCCACUUUGGCAUAUACGAUGCUCCGCUAUCGACAGACGCACGAUCUCUACCAUACACUAUUCUCACUCCCUCCUACAUUACCUCACGAACUUUCACUGAAGGUAUUCGAAUUUUCCAACAUGUCUCUACCCGUCGCGGCACUCUCAUCGACAUUUGGACCCUUUCGCUUGAAAAGAAGAGAAACAUGGCUGAGGGAUUGGGUGCCCUGGGCUCUGAGGGAGGGUAAACAGGGGAAGAGCCUGGUGGGGGUGUAUUGGGAGAAGAGGUGGGAGCAGGGUAUAGGUGAAUUAAGGAGGGAGUUAGGUGUGAAGAGGAAUGAUCAGGAUGGGGUGGAAGGCCGAUGGGGUGGAUAUAGGAAGAUAAGAGAGGAAGAGAGGGAAUUGAGAAGAAAGGGUGAAUGGAUAGAUGAACCGGAGGGAUGGUAA